UAGCUCUCACGUGACCAAGAGCUGACGUGUGCAGAAGUCCUUCUUGUUCUGGUCGUUGUUCCGUCUGAGUACCAGCUACCCACUGCUCUGAGGGAGAGCGGGCCUGUGGCUGAGGGAAGAAGGAGGAGGAGAAGGAAAUUGUCCCGGAUCACAGCAGCUCUGUCGUCCUGGCUGUUUAGUGGAUCCGAGCCUCCCCCAGGUUGCCAGUCUUUCCGUAGUUUGUGGCUCUACGCCAGACAAGUGAAGAGGAAGGAAAUUAACCCUGAUCAGUGAAGGUCGAUUUGAGGGUUUGCUGUAGCAGGUGGCACCACUUGAAGCAAGGGAGGAAGUUUCCUUGGAUCUGUAGAGAUUGCAAGGGUUGUUGGGUGUGGCACAAUUCCAGGGGAGGGAAGAAGGGGCAAACUGCCUGUCUGGAAGAGGUUCACUUCGGGUAUCAGCUACUGUGGCCCUGAAGUGGCUGAAGACAACUACCAUCCACAGACCGGCACCCAAGCCCAUAGUUCUCCCCAAGUCUGCGUGACUACUCUGUUCCUUGGUCCCUGCUAUUGUCAGGGACGAUUGCAUGGGCUACGCCAGGAAAGUAGGCUGGGUGACUGCGGGACUGGUGAUUGGGGCUGGCGCCUGCUAUUGCAUUUAUCGACUGGCCCGGGGAAGAAAACAGAACAAAGAGAAAAUGGCUGAGGGUGGGCCUGGGGAUGUGGAUGAUGUUGGGGAUUGUCCUGGGGCCAGGUACAAUGACUGGUCUGAUGAUGAUGAUGAUAACAGUGAAAGCAAGGGAAUAGUAUGGUACCCACCUUGGGCCCGGAUUGGAACUGAGGCCGGGACCAGAGCUAGGGCCAGAGCAAGGGCCAGGGCUACCCGGGCUCGAAGGGCUGUUCAGAAACGGGCUUCUCCCAACUCAGAUGAUACUAUUUUGUCCCCUCAAGAGCUGCAAAAAGUUCUUUGCUUGGUUGAGAUGUCUGAAAAGCCUUAUAUUCUUGAAGCAGCUUUAAUUGCUCUGGGUAACAAUGCUGCUUAUGCAUUUAACAGAGAUAUUAUUCGUGAUCUGGGUGGUCUCCCAAUUGUUGCAAAGAUUCUCAAUACUCGGGAUCCCAUCGUUAAGGAAAAGGCUUUAAUUGUCCUGAAUAACCUGAGUGUGAAUGCUGAAAAUCAGCGCAGGCUUAAGAUAUACAUGAAUCAAGUGUGUGAUGACACAAUCACUUCUCGCUUGAACUCAUCUGUGCAGCUGGCUGGACUAAGAUUGCUUACAAAUAUGACUGUUACUAAUGAGUAUCAGCACAUGCUUGCUAAUUCAAUUUCAGACUUUUUUCGUUUAUUUUCAGCAGGAAAUGAAGAAACCAAAUUUCAGGUUUUGAAACUCCUUUUGAAUUUGGCUGAAAAUCCAGCCAUGGCUAGAGAACUUCUCAGGGCCCAAGUACCAUCUUCACUGGGUUCCCUCUUUAAUAAGAAGGAGAACAAAGAGAUUAUUUUGAAACUUCUGGUCGUAUUUGAGAACAUAAAUGACAAUUUUAAAUGGGAAGAAAAUGAACCUACUCAGAGUCAGUUUAGCCAAGGUUCACUUUUUUUCUUUUUAAAAGAAUUUCAAGUGUGUGCUGAUAAGAUUCUGGGGAUAGAAAGUCACCAUGAUUUUUUGGUGAAAGUAAAAGUUGGAAAAUUCAUGGCCAAACUGGCUGAGCAUAUGUUUCCAAACAGCCAGGAAUAACUUCUUGAUUUUGUAGUUUAGAAGCAACACACAUUGUAAACUAUUCCUUUUCCCCACUUUGUUUAUAUGGUAAAGGAAUUCUUUCAGCUACCAAUUUUGAAUAUCAUAUUGUAUCAUCAAUGCUGAUAUUUAUCCGAGUUGAUCUUUAGGUCUAAGCUGGAUGAAUGAAUGUCACUACAUGUUCUGAAAACAUGUUUGUUGCUUUAUAUCUCACUGCCUAGACUGAAAUAUUUUUUACUAUUUCUUCUGUAUAAAUGACAGUGAACCAAUUCAUCCUAAAUAAGUUCCCUCCUGUCAUUUGCAUUAACUUCAUUUGUGUAUCAUCAAUAAAGUUGUGUGUUAAUGCUGGAAAGAAAAAAAAGAAAGAAGAAAGAAAGAAAGCAUCUUUGCCCUUUUAUUUAUAAUCUUGUUAGAGAGAUUAGAAACAUACAAACAAAAUAACUGAGACUUUCUGGACUCAUUGUCAAAUAUUCAUUCUCAGAGCACAGAGGAAGCAAAGGCUACUGUGGGGUACAGUAGUCAACUACGGAUUUAUGGAGGAAAUGACCAUUUAAAAAGAGUCCUGAAUGAGAUGGAAGUGAGAGGGCACUGAUGUGAGAUAGGCAUGGAGGUAGGAAUGUUCUCCUUAUGACAGUGAGAAACUAGGGUGUGGCAAAACAGAUACUUUCAAACCCUGGUGGUAGGAAUGAAUUUAUACUGGCACAAGGUUUGUGGAAGGCCAUUUGAUAACACAUAUAAGCCUUAAAAUAUGUAAGCCCUUUGUCCUAAGAAAAUAAUUGAAAAAUUGACCAAAGGCUACAUGAACAAGGCUAUGCAUCCUAGCACUGUCUAAAAUAGUAAAUAUUGGAAACAAGUGUCUAGCACAUUGGAUUGUUUAAAUAAAUUAAGGAAUGUUCACAUGGUAUAUGAUAAAUAUGUUGAUUUAAAUCCAUAUUGCCAGGAAAAGAUAUUCAUCAUGCAUUGUUAAGUGAGAAAGGCAGGUUAGGUAGUAGUAUUCAUAGUAUGAUUUCAUUUCUUUGAGAAUAAUAAAACAUAUGUUUAAGUAGACACUAAAACUCUGAAUUAUAGACACCCAAAUAUCAACAGAGGUUAUCUUUGGGUGGGAGGACAAUGAGUGAUCUUUUACCUUUUUACUUUUUAUGUUUUAAUCAUCGAUGUGCUCUUACUUAUCUAAAAUGAAUAUUGAUUUUUUGGGAAAUUUUUGAAAAAGGAAAGUGUUGGGAAUAAAGCAGGUGAUUAGAGCAUGUACUGAGUGGAAAAAUUAGAUUAAACAUGAGAUAGGUUGAAGUUUCCUCUCUGAAAUGAUAGAUGAGUGGUGACGAUGAGGCUUGUCAGGAGGAUUAAAUGAAGUAAUACAUGCAAAAUACCUAGAAUGUUCUGGCACAUAGCAGUUAAUUAAGAAAAGCAAGCACUUUUAAUUUCCUAGAAUGCAGGGUUAAUAGUUUUUUGUUGUUUUUUUCUUUUUGGUUGACCUUUGUUUUGCUGGGGGCAUUCUGCCACAUGUCAGUGUCAUUUAAAAAAUAAUAACAACAAUAAAGGUUAACAUUUAUUGA